ACGGUAUGCGGACGCAAACUUCCCGAAAAUCGCUGUUGAUUGUUGGGAGAGUCGCAGUCGGACACAGCAGGAGAAUAAUCUGUGUCUUUUUGAUUGUUUUGUUUGUGUCUGCCUCUUUUUUGUUUUCCUCUGUGUUUGUAGUGGAUAAAGGUUCAUGGCACCAAAGAGACGGGCUGCUGUUGCUGCCAAGGCAGGAGGCAAGAAGGUGAAGGAAGAGCCAGAGACAUCCAAACCCAAGGAUGCCUUCACCUCUGCAAAAGAGGCUCUGCUGGCUGCGGGGCCACAGCAGGUAAAAGGCAAGAGGAAAGUGGAUGACUACUGUGAGCUGUCAGGCUCAGGAGAGGUGUAUGAAGACUAUGACUGUAUGCUUAAUCAGACGAACAUCGGCCAUAACAAUAAUAAGUUUUAUGUCAUUCAAGUUAUUAAAGACAACGGAUGCUAUUAUUCAUUCAACAGAUGGGGUAGAGUGGGAGAAGUGGGACAGUUCAAGCUGAGUGAUUUUGACAGUCCAGAGAAAGCGAUCAAGGACUUUGAGAAGAAGUUUAAGGACAAGACAAAAAACAACUGGAGUGAUCGGAUGAAUUUUGUCUCCCACUCUGGGAAGUACACUUUGAUAGAGGUGGAUGGUGUGCGGGAUGCUGAGGUCAAGGCUGACGUCGUCGAUGGAAAGCUUAAAAGUGUUGCUAAGAACGUCCUACCUUGUACCCUCGAUGAUGCUACAAAAAAACUUAUUGAUCUCAUCUUUAGCAAUGACAUGUUCAAGGAGGCCAUGGAAUGUAUGAACCUAGACAUCAAGAAGAUGCCUUUGGGUAAGCUCAGCAAGACACAGAUUGCAAAGGGUUUUGAUGUACUGGAGGAGAUUGAAGCAGCCAUGAAACAAAAAGGUGGGAGGGCACGACUGGAAGAGCUUUCUUCCAAGUUCUUCACCACAAUCCCACAUAACUUUGGCCGUAACAGACCACCAACUAUCGACAAUGCUGAUAUUGUGGAGAAAAAGAAAGAGAUGCUCAUGGUGCUGGCUGACAUUGAGCUUGCACAGACGCUGAAGACUGAAACUGAAAAGGCUCAGGAGAAGAUGGUGGAAACUGUUCCUCAUCCUUCAGACCAGGACUAUGUUUCUUUGAAAUGCAAGCUCAUCCUGAUGGACAAGCGUUCAGAUAUGUUCAAGAUCAUUGAGACAUACACGAACACAACUUCAGGUGGUUAUCGUAAACCAAAAAUUGUCAAUGUUUGGGAAGUUGAUCGAGAGACAGAGGGAGCCAGAUUUAACGAGAAUGAAACUCUGGAGAACCGGCGUCUGCUAUGGCACGGUACAAACAUUGCGGUGGUUGCAGCUAUCCUGAAGAGUGGUCUGCGGAUAAUGCCUCAUUCAGGAGGCCGUGUUGGUCGUGGGAUUUAUUUUGCAUCUGAAAAUUGCAAGUCUGCGGGUUACGUGCACACCUCUAAAAAUACUGGAAUCAUGUUUCUAAGUGAGGUGGCCCUCGGAAAAGAAUACACCAUCACCAAAGAUAACAGUUCCUUGAAGAAGGCUCCUGCAGGUCACGAUAGUGUAGUGGCACAAGGACGUGUGGAACCAGACCCCUCUAAAGACAUUUUCAUCACCCUGGAUGGUAAGAAGGUUGCUGUGCCUCAGGGAAAGGCCAUCGAUCAGCCCCAGUUCUCAGACAGCUCUUUCAGCAACAGUGAGUAUCUCAUCUACAAAGAGAGCCAGUGUCGCCUGCGCUACCUGCUAGAACUCAACAUGUAGCACUACUCCAAGUGAAGAAAACAGGAGGUCCUUUUCAUUCUUAUAAAUUAGGUGCAUCCUGAAAAGCUUUGCUCACCUGUUUUAUUACUGUAAUACAGCUAUUACCUUUGUAAUUCUGCACGUCUCUACAGUGCUACAAUAGCUCCUACUUCUCUGUGCCUUAUACUUUGAAUACUAACUCUAGGGCAGGUGCGAUCUAAUUUCCCACUUGGGGUUUUAUUUUGACACUGUGGCAUGCUGUCUGUUAAAAAAGAAAAUUAAUAAUGAUAUGUUAAAAUAAAACAAUAUAAAUGCCUUUACCAAACAGACUGCAAAUUUUACAGUAUAAAACUGUUCUAAUUAAAAAAAAAAAAUGUAACUAAUAAAUUCAUCCUUUUUCUUUUAAGGUAACAUGAUUGUGCUGUUUUGAAACUAAUUAUUUCUGUAAAUUUUAAAUGCAGUUAUUUAAUGAAUCCUAUUGAGUAAGAUUUCUUUGGGCUACUCCCAUUUAGCUCUGGAUCACCAAUGGGAGGUUUGUUAUAGGAAUCAACAUGUUGAUCUGGCUAUUAGUAAUGCAUCUCGAGCUGUAGAAGGAGACUGGGCAUGGGCAGCUUUGAACCAACGAUAUCCUGUUAGGUAGUCAAGCGCACGAAUUGUAUGCACCUGGUUGGGCAAUGUACAAAUACAUUAAAAGUACAUUAACAUGAAGAGUUUUGGAAAAACAUGUCUGUUUGGAACUGAGUAAACUAUAUCAGUAGGUUAAAACAGGUUAAACUGACCAAAAUAUUAAUGUGUUUCUGUUUGAAUAAAGAGGUCGAAAGACCAGUGCAACAUGAUAUGCAGUUCUUUAUAUUUUCAGGCUCAUUCUCAGUGUGCAUGUUGGCACAAGCAUUUUGUGCUCUUACUUUCCAAAACCAGAAUGUCCCUGGUUCAAGGACCACCGUGCCUCAUUCUCCUUGUACAGGUGGAGUUGUGUUGGAAAAACAGAAUCAACAUGUUUCAUCCCAAAUAUCCUCUCGUGACCCAGGGCAAAAUGAAAGAUGCAUACGAUAAUGUGAGAACAGUAUUACAUUUUUACGGAAAUUGUUAGUUUAAAAGCAGCACAAACAUGCUAAUUCAACAGUAAAAGACAAUUGGAUUAAAGUUUAAUUUACUUAUUGUAGUUCCAAGCUUUUUAUAGUGUAAAAUUUACAGGUUGUUGGAAGAUAUUUCCAUUUUUUUUUUUGCUGUUUUUUUUUUUUUUCUUAACCCAAUUAUUCUGGCAAACAGCUAACAAUUUUUCUGUUUAACCCCUUAAGACCUAUUGUCGCAUAUAUGCUACAAUAUUUGACUCAAAUAUGCAACAUAUCAAAUUGACCAGUAUGCCUGUUGUCGCAUAUUUGCAACAUACCAGUAUUAUUAUUAUAACAUUAUAACAUAAGUCCAUCUAUCCAUCCGUCUUCCACCGCCUAGUCCAAUUAAGGGUCGCGGGGGGGCUGGAGCCUAUCCCAGCAGUCAUAGAGCUAGUCUGUCGCAGGGCUAUAA